CUUGUUCAACCACGCAAAGUAAAGGACAAAUGACAAGUGAGAGAGAGAGAGAGAGAGAGCAAAAUGUGACUAUAUUUCUCUAUAUAUAGAGAUCAGAGAGAGGGGCCACUGUAAAUCAGCAUUUCAUUCCUAAGUUUAUACACUCUCCCCGCAAACCAUUUCUGCUAAGUUUCCGAAAUUAAGGGUGAUCAACAGCCAACUGGUCUUGCUCAUCAGUGGCACAGAAAGCUCAGAGUACUUCGUUAUCACCAGGAAAUUCAGGGGAAAAAUAAAACGAAUGAAACCUUGAUAGAUAUUGGAGGAAUCAGCAGCGCCUAUGAACACUCUGAAAGUAACAAGAAUGUUCAAACAGAAAAAGAAUAAUGAUCCGCGUACAAGAUUGAAAGGGAAAAUCCAGCGUGCUUUAGAUCAAAGAAAAAGAGAGGGUGAUUUAGUACUUAAUCUAUUUUCCAGGAUUCCAGAUGUGCAUCGGAAAGUGAACGAAGAAGCUUACACUCCUCAACUUAUUUCAAUAGGGCCUUUUCACUACCGCUCGCCAAAAUUGCAAUCGAGGGAAAAUUACAAACUGAGAUGUCUCGAGGAUUUCUUGAGACGGGCCAAUAAAGAGUUGGAGGAUUUAGUAAGCACCGUACUCUGCUUCCAACCAUCGGUUCGCAUGUUGUAUGAACGGACAAUUGAAAUUGAGUCCGACGAUUUUAUAAAUAUGAUCCUGGUGGAUGCGUGCUUCAUCAUUGAGUUUUUCUUGAGAGAUUUGUCAGAACUAAAAAAUUGGACUUUUGAUGACAGUAUAGAAUUAAAGCCAUGGAUGAUUUCUAGGAUGAAAUUAGACUUGAUAUUACUUGAGAAUCAACUUCCUUUCAAUAUAAUCGAGAGGUUAUACGAGGAGCUUCCACACGAGUCUCGCCCAAAAUACGGAUCCAACUUCCUCGAGCUUGCCUUUAACUUCUUUAAAGCUCACAACCUUCAAAAGAUACCUCCUGGUGAGAUAGGUAAAGAUGCGGUAUUUCACUUUAUUGAUUUGCUGAGACACUUUAACUUGCCUCAUCACAGAAACCUCCAUGAAAGAAGUUACGGAAAUGUAGUUGGGAAAAUGUACUGUGCCUCCCAGCUGGCUGAGGCAGGAUUGAAGUUUAAGCCAAUUUUAGGCGGAUCCUUACUUGACCUAAGAUUUAAGGAGGGAGUGUUGGAAAUCCCAUGUUUUCCAUUAGACAAUACCACAGAGAUUUAUGCACGGAACAUCAUGGCCUGGGAGCAAUGUCACUAUCCAGAUGAAGCAUAUGUUACUGAUUAUUUUAUCAUGUUAGAUUUCCUCAUCAAUACAGGCAAAGAUGUGGAUUUACUUGUUCAAGAGGGGGUCCUUGUGAAGGGCCCAGGCACCAACAGUAGAACAACUUUACCCACCAAUUUGUGCUCAGGUAUUUCACAUUGGGGCAUCAAUGAUUAUUAUUAUGGUAUCUGUAGACAAUUGGUGGAAUUCCGUAAAAGACGUUGGUAUGUAAUUCUGAAGAGUAGCUUGAAACGGGAUUAUUUUCGCACGCCUUGGAUGGGUGCUGCUACCGUUGGUGCUAUUAUCUUGUUGAUUCUCACUCUCAUACAAACUAUAUGUACUGUCAUUUCAAUAUUCAAGUAGAGUGAAGUUGCUUGUGUGUCAAAAGUAUAAGAGAGUGGUUAGCAUGAGCGUGACAACUAAAAUAAUGAGAGUGAAUCUGUUGUGCGUGUAAGAGUGAAAGCGAUCUCUAGUUAUAAUGUGUUUGCCAAUAUCUUAAUAAAGUGAUUUUGGUUAUUUUCUAUUAA